ACUAACUUCACUAUUACAUCAUCAUCAUCUGAAUACCCAAUUAUCUAAGGUACUUGAUAUCCCCCAAUAACAAACACCUUAACUGAAUCAAAAACUAUCUAAGAAAUGAAAAUCCAAUACGGAUUGUCCCUUCAAUUUCUCAUAAUAGUCAUCUUCUCCACUUCACAACCAAUACAAUCAAGCACAAACCCUGAUUACCCAUGUAAACCCCCACACCACAAUUCUUACACUUUCUGUGACACUUCACUAUCAAUCUCAACUAGAGCUAAAUCUCUCAUUUCACUUUUAACCCUCUCUGAAAAAAUUAAUCAGCUUUCAAAUAAUGCAUCAUCAGUGCCAAGAUUAGGUAUUCCAUCUUAUGAAUGGUGGUCUGAAUCACUUCAUGGGAUUGCUACUAAUGGUCCCGGUGUUUCAUUCAAUGGUUCAAUUCCUUCUGCAACUAGUUUUCCUCAAGUUUUACUUACAAGUGCUUCUUUUAAUAGAAGUCUUUGGUAUAAAAUUGGAUCAGCAAUAUCUAUUGAAGCUAGGGCAAUGUAUAAUUCAGGUCAAGCUGGAUUAACAUUCUGGGCACCAAAUAUUAACAUUUUCAGAGAUCCUAGAUGGGGAAGAGGUCAAGAAACACCAGGGGAAGAUCCAAUGGUGGUUUCUGAUUACGGGGUUGAGUAUGUCAAGGGUUUCCAAGGCGAUGAUGAUGAUGAACUGAGGGUAUCUGCUUGUUGUAAGCAUUUUACUGCUUAUGAUUUGGAGAGUUGGAGAAAUUACAGUAGAUAUAGUUUUAAUGCUGUAGUUUCAGAGCAGGAUUUGAAGGAUACUUAUCAACCACCAUUCAAGAGUUGUAUACGAGAAGGUAAAGCAAGUUGUUUGAUGUGUUCUUACAAUGAAGUUAAUGGAAUCCCAGCUUGUGCAAAUGAAGGUCUCUUGCAACAAGCUAGAACUGAUUGGGGUUUCAAAGGGUAUAUAACCUCAGACUGUGAUGCUGUGGCCACUAUACAUGAGUAUCAACAUUAUGUAAAGACCCCAGAAGAUGCCGUUGCAGUUGCUCUUAAAGCAGGAACAGAUAUAAAUUGUGGGAGUUUUCUGGUUACAAAUACUCAGUCAGCAAUUGAACAAGGAAAGAUCAAAGAAGAAGAUAUAGAUAAAGCUCUUUUUAAUCUUUUCUUGGUUCAACUCCGCCUCGGACUCUUUGAUGGGAACCCUAUAAAGGGAAAGUAUGGAAACUUAGGACCUCAUGAUGUAUGUACUACAGAACACAAGAAACUAGCACUGGAUGCAGCUAGACAGGGAAUCGUACUACUCAAGAAUGAUAAUAAGUUCUUGCCUUUAAAAAGGUCUGGAGUUUCAUCAUUGGCUGUUAUAGGUCCAAUGGCAAAUGACACCAGCAAACUCGGAGGCGGAUACACAGGCAUUCCUUGCGAUCCAAAGAGCUUUAUGGAUGGACUCCAAGCAUAUGAAGUUAACACAACCUACAUCCCUGGUUGCCUUGACAUACCUUGCAGCUCCGCUGACAAAUUUGCUGAAGCUGUCCAAAUCGCUAAAGAAGCAGAUGUAGUGAUAGCAAUUUUCGGCCUGGAUUUAUCACAAGAAACAGAAGAUCAUGAUCGCUCGAGCCUUUUACUACCAGGCAAACAAAUGGAUCUCAUAUCUGCUAUUUCCAAGGUAAGCAAAAGACCUCUAGUCUUGAUCCUAACUGGGGGUGGGCCACUUGAUAUCACAUUUGCGAAGGAAGACCCCAGAAUCGCCAGCAUUCUUUGGGUUGGAUACCCUGGUGAGGCAGGAGGUGAAUCACUUGCAGAGGUUAUCUUUGGCGACUUCAACCCAGGUGGGAGGCUUCCUGUUACUUGGUAUCCAGAAUCAUUUACUUCUGUGCCGAUGAAUGAUAUGAGUAUGAGGCCAGAUCCUUCACGUGGUUAUCCUGGAAGAACUUAUCGAUUUUACAGCGGAGACAAGGUUUACAGAUUUGGACACGGCUUAAGUUACACAAAUUAUACAUACAAAUUCGAAACUGCACCGAACAGGAUAAGUUUGUCAGGUUCUACUAUAAAUGCUGAUUCUAGGAAGGACAUAACAUAUCAGAAGAGUGAUGGACUUGAUUACGUUCGCAUAGAUGAGUUAAUGUCAUGCCAUGAUAUUAACUUCAGUGUGAACAUUUCUGUAACUAACAAUGGAGACAUGGACGGGAGCCACGUCUUGCUGUUGUUCUCCAGACCACAGAGGAUACUCAAAGGCGCACCAAAAGAGCAAUUGAUAUUUUAUGAUCGUGUACACACCAAAUCCAACACAGUAACUGAAACCAACAUUUUCAUGGAACCGUGCAGGCACUUGAGCAUUGUAAAUGAACAAGGACAUAAAAUUUUGCCAUUGGGUAAUCAUAUACUGAUGUUAGAAGGGUUAGAGCAUCCCAUACUUAUUGAAACUUGAUAAAGUCAGUUCUGUUGCCAAGCGUAAA